AUGUUGUUCUCAAAGGCCUACAUCCAGUCCCUUCUGCUCUUCUCCGUCCAGUCUGCCCUAGCAAACCCGGUGCCCCAAGAUGGCGAUGACAGCUUACGAGUCCGAUCAUCAACUGACGAGUUGCCUGAGCUAGCUGGAGAACCCCUUUUAUUCAAGAUCUCCGGCGACGAAACCCAAGUGGACCUGCCCGUCGAAAUCAUCAACGCGGUUAUCGAAGAACAAGCUACUCGGGACCUUGAGACCCGAGCCACUGAGGGCCAAUUGAAGGCUGUGACGCUGCACAACAACGAACGAAAGAAGAAGAACCUGGCCAACCUUGUCUGGGACGCCAAGUUGGGCGCCGAUGCUUUCGCUUAUGCUAAGAAGCUUGCCAAGCUCGGCAAGCUGGAGCACUCCUCCGGAAGCUCGCGACCCAACCAGGGCGAGAACCUCGCCCGCGUUCCUGUAUCUGGAAAUCCCACACCCAGUGUUACAUCCACUAACUUGUGGCUCAAUGAGCGAUCCAACUACCACAAUGAGAUUAUCCCCAAUGGAAACUUUGGAAGCUAUGGCCAUUACACCCAAGCUAUGUGGAAGUCGACCAAGAAGAUGGGCAUUGCUGCUGCCAAUGACGGCAAGGGUAACUGGUGGAUCGUUGCUCGUUACUCGCCCCCUGGAAAUGUCGUCGGCCAGCGCCCCUAUUAG